AUGUCGCUCUUACGAACGCGCUGUGGUUUGUGCAGUAAAUCGAUUGCGAAAGACAAUGCUAUAAAUUGCUCGCUUUGUAAGGCCGUUUUCCAUCAACUGUGUUUGGGAAUUGAUAUCAACAUUUUUCAUAAUUCUAAUGUUGUGUACAAUUGCGAUAAUUGUGUUGGAAUUAAUUUGCACGCUGUUGUUGCUGAUUUAGUGGCUGAGGUUAAAGACCUAAAAGAACAGCUUUCCAAAUUGGGUGCCUUCAACUCUGCUGCAUAUGCAAAAUCAACUAGUGCAUUACCCACCAACAAUACUGGCGUUUUUUCGUUUCCCGAAGUGCCUUCAAAUUUGAGUGACUCUGCUGCUAUGCCAACGCAAGCAGUGAGUGUGACUAAAUCUACUAACAAUGCGGCAGUAAAUGUGACAUCGGAUGGUAAUGCUGAGAAUAUCAUCGUGCCGUCGUCUUCGAACUUAGCAACGAAGUCGGCUGAUACCAUUGCUAAUGAGUGGAUGAUGGUGGGAAAUAAAAACAAAAACAAAAAUAAAAACAAUAACAAGCAGCAGAAGAAGACGAACCAUCGUCAACGUGAAAAACCUCUGGUUGGCAUUAGUGAGAGUAGUGAACUGCUGGUGGCUUCACGUUUGAAAUACUUACACCUGGGUUCAUUUAAACCUUCGGUUCAGCCAGAAAAUAUCGUUGACUAUGUCGUUAAAUAUACGGCAAUAGAAAAGCAACACCUUAGUUGUAUCAGUGAUGAAUGCCUUUAUAAAUCGCAUGUUGAUAAUGUUCUUGCUCUUCAGCGUGAUAUUGGCAGUGAUCAAUUAUGUGUUCUUGGUGAUUUUAAUUUGAGCAAUAUUGACAUAGAUAAUGUAACAAGCACCGCUGAAGUAAGUGUACUACUAUCCGAACCUGCAAAGCAUAUAGGUAUUUCCGCUUUUACAAAAUAUUAUUUCGAGCUCGUUCAAAUUUUAAAAGAGUACAUCAACUUCACCAUCGAAUUUCGUGUUGCAAGGGGCUGGGCAGGACAUUUGAAUAAUACAACGUUUAGGCUUGGAUUUCUAGGCAUUAUGGCUCGGAAUGAAGCUGACAUAGGGGCAACAGGAGUAUUUAAUCGAAUUAAUCGCUUCGCGGAGUUUGACAUUAUACACCAAGGCUGGAAAUUUGAAACUGCAUUUUUAUAUCGCUUUGUACCGACCUUAAGUAUCCACGUCGACGCUCAAAGCUUUCUGUUACCAUUUCAAAGACAUGUUUGGAUUGUUUUGGCAUGGUCUAUCAUAACAAUAACCUUAAUAUUUUGGCUUUUAGAUAGCAUAAAAAUACGACAGAAAAAAAGAAAACAUUUACUACACAAACAAUUUUGGCAACAGUUUGAUUUGGAUUCAUUAUAUACUCGGCGUAAAAUAAAAUUAUUUAAGUACCAAAUUCAAAAAAAAACAUAGCCAAGGGAUCACACCAGCUUAAUGAAUAUGCUAUUAAUUUUGAUUGCCGCGUUUUCUCAGCAGGGUAUGAAUCCAAUUUCAAGAUGGCAACCAAUAAGAAUACUACUUUUUUCAGUAUUCGUUUUUUCCGUUUUGGUUUAUAACUAUUAUACUUCCUCAGUCGUUACUGGAUUGUUAUCCUCUUCUGUCCAAGGGCCGGAUAACAUAGAAGAAAUUAUUUCCAGCUCGCUUAAAUUAUCUUUUGAAGAUAUUGGCUACUAUAAAAUUCUGUUUAAGGUAAGUUUUUUUUCAAUACUUAAAGGCUGGUGA